UCCUUAUUUGUCAUUCAUAAUAGUCUACCGAACCAAAAGCAAUCAGAAAUCAAGAGAAUUUUAAUUUUUUAAAUAUUUUACUAUGGUGAACUUUGUAUAUCCUGAGGAGCUCUACUUUUUUGUGGAGAGCAUUCGCAGUUUCGAAGUUAGCCAAAUAGGCAGCUCCAAAUGGCUGGAGGUUCACGAGAUGGUCAUUAAACUAAGCCAACAGGCGGCCUUCGAGGUUGCCCAACAUCGUGAGGAGGAAGUGAAGGAGUUUCUCAUCUCCAGGGAUAAACUGCGUUUGCUAAUCCAUGAGGCAUACUGUGUGAAUCUAUGGAAGACACGAGUCCUACCACAUUUACUGGAAAUAGAUCCCAAUCCACAGGCAACAUUUUUAAUCUAUACAGUGCUGUAUCAUGAGGCUGCCUUGGUGGCCCUUUUGGAUCUGUGUCUCUAUCAUCCAAGUGGAUGUGAGGUACUGCAGGAAUCUGUACUAGAUCUGAUCGAUUACUGUGCCCAUUCAGUGAGCCAGGUGAUUGGUUUGGUUAGCAUGGGCUAUCAUGAGAACGAAUCAAAAGUGGAUGUCGACGAGGCUGUGCUAACCGAACUGGAGCGCCAGAAAAGAGAUCUGAUCUAUAAGAUUGGCUUGCGUUGCAUCUCCAUAUUGAAUUAUCUAGCUGAUAAUGUUGCCCUACUGCAUCUGAGUGCAGCCCGUCGUAUGAUGAUUACCCAUGAUAUACCAUGGCUCGUAACCGAUGUACUCUGCUUUCGUCCCUGGCAGCGUAAGACCAGCAAGGGAAUUGAGAAAUACAUUGAUGAAAAGUGGACCACUGUAGACGAUGUGGCCAAGAUAAUAAAGCCCGAAGCUCAGGCUUGGUUUUGUGUCCGUCAAUUAAUACUCAAUCCAGAAACAAUGGAGAAUUACACCCUCAAUGAGGCACGUUGCAAGCAGUUGUCUAAGCUCGUAGGUCUGAUGAAUGAUGUCAUACUGGAUCAGUUGCCAGUGUUAAUCGAUUUGAAACAAUUUCUCGGUCGCCUAACUCUUAGCGGUAAUGUAGCGGAUAAGUCACAAAAUUUAUUACUUGAAGAUGUGCCACAAAUCCAAGAGGACUUGCUCAAACAAGUUGAGCGCGAUGGCGGAUUCUAUCAAAUAGCCCAGGCCCAAGACUCUGUGUUCCUAAACACUAAUCGAGAGGAAAUCUGCGCCUUGGCCAGCAAAUUGAGUGCAGCCUAUAGCACAGAUUUACUCUGCGAGUUGGAGCAGAACCUGGCCGAUGGCAAGGUAGACGACAACGUCGAUAAAGAUGCUGAAGGAGCUGUCGGAGGUGCUAGCGUUGAAGGCAACGAGAAUGCCACCAACUCCUCUACCAAAUCUUGUCCCAUAUGCAAGGCAAAGGCCUCAAAGAAGUGCGCCAACUGCAAGCAGAUUCAUUAUUGUUCACGUGAAUGCCAGCUAAAGGAUUGGCCGCAGCACAAGCUCACAUGUCUGGGCAAGGUUUAAAUGCAAAAAUAUUUAUCAAAUGAAAUAAAGAACAUUCCAAAAAUUA